UAGUCUCGCCCAUGUAUUCAUUCCACGGAGCGAGCACAUAUCUCUAUUCAUGCAGCAUCCGUGACCAAGCACUCAGAGCCUGUGAACUAGCUAGUAGCAUGGUGUACAUUGUCGUGGUCUUAAACCAGUCCUGACAACUUAUCGACCACAUUUGCCAGGUUGAGUUGAGCUCAAGAUGAAUUGAUUGAUCCAGGACAACAUCCAAUCAUCACCCACCAAUCCCAGGCUAUGGAUUCGGAAGCAGAACCCGUGAAGGGGCAGGGCUCGGAGAAGAAGCCGGCCAAAAAACUGUAUGCCGAGGAGGACAUCUCGAAAUUGCGGGUCAUGAAGUCUGAGAAUGACACGAUUGCCAAAAAGUACGCCAUGUCGGUGGCUGCGGCAGCCGUGGCCGAAGUGGUUACGUACCCGUUGGAUCUGACCAAAACUCGACUUCAACUUCAAGGUGAAGUGGCCUCCGGAGAAGGGAAUGGCUCCAAUUAUCGGGGCAUGAUCCGGACGGCCUUGGGGAUUGCCAAAGAAGAGGGCAUGUUAAUGCUUUGGCGGGGCAUGCUUCCGGCUCUUUACCGACACGCCAUUUACACGGGUACCCGGAUGUCUGCAUAUGAAGAGAUUCGAAACAAUUUGCAGAAAGAGAACAAGGAUGGGUUUCCCAUGUGGAAAAAGAUCAUCGCUGGCAUGGGUGCGGGUGGGUUCGGACAAUUCGUGGCCUCACCCACGGACCUCAUCAAGACUCAAAUCCAAAUGGAGGGCAAACGGAGACUCAUGGGCAAAGCUCCGCGGGUGGAUGGCAUGGUAGAUGCUUUCAAGAAGAUCGUUGCUCAAGGAGGCGUGGUAGGGCUUUGGCGGGGGUGUUGGCCAAAUGUUCAGCGAGCCGCACUGGUCAAUUUAGGUGAUCUUUCCACCUAUGAUUACGUGAAAACCAAGAUUCUGGCAUUUACUACGCUCAAAGAUGACUCGUUGACGCAUUGCCUCUCUUCCGCUUGUGCAGGCUUAGUUGGCGCUAUAAUGGGCACCCCAGCAGAUGUAGUCAAGGCGCGUAUUAUGAAUCAACCAACCGAUAAAUUUGGAAAAGGUCUGAUUUAUAAGAAUUCCAUGGACUGCUUUCUCCAGACCCUCAAGAAUGAAGGCUUUUGGGGACUGUACAAAGGAUUCAUUCCCUGCUGGUUGCGCAUGGCCCCUUGGUCUCUCACGUUUUGGGUCUCUUUCGAACAGAUCCGCAAGAUUUGUGGCGCCAAAUCCUGGUGAGGAUACCAACCAACAAUUCAAACAGAAACAAAACAGAAACACGUGGAAUCGGGACCCGAUUUGGAUGGGAUCUAUCUGUCCGUGUCUGCCGACAAGCAUUUCAACAUAUUCAUUCUGUCCCGCUCAUCUCACUUUCCCUCCGUCGACGCGAACCAGAACCAGAACCCCUUUGGAAGGGGCAUGCUGAGGACUAGUACUGACUGUGUCUCUUUGGAAUGGAAUGAUGAAUGAAUGAUUCUUUGGAUGAGCCGGCGGCGGUUCGGGGCACCAAAAUCGAAACAAGUUCAGGGCCUCCUUCUUCUUCUCCUCUUCCUCCUCCGAUCAACCGAUUCAUGGCUGUGCCUUUUUGCAAAUGAAUUCAUACCGAUUUAGUCUUGAGGCCAGAGAGCCUGGGUAAAAAUAAUCAAUGACGACUAACUUCUUUGACCACCGAA